AUGGGGUGCGGACGAAGAUCCGAAUCUCUCACGGCCGUUGGCUCCACCCCAGAGACGAUCAAGCGCACGCGCAAAGCAUACUCGCCCAUCAUGAAGGCAACACUCGCUUAUGUCAUUGCCGCCGCCAUCUUCGGAGUCUCGCAGGCUGCCGUCACCCCGCUGAACAACAUCCUUCGCCACGAGUACAACCUGAACGCCAGAGCCGGUGUACACGGCAACCUCGGCCGCCGGGAUGAGGUCGAGCACGCUCCCGAGGCGGACGUCCUCCAACCUGUCGUCUAA